CAGGAUUCUCACCAGGAGCUCUUGUGGUUAGAUGUAUGGCAUCUGCCCGCAAAGAUGUCCCAUCUAAAAGAUGAGGAGCUGGGGAAGAAAGAUGACGACCACCGAUUCUCACCAGCACGUUCUCAAUCGCUACCCCUUUCAAAAUUGCCUCGCCCUCGAAGGCUUAUUUUAGCGUUGAUUGGUCUUGUGCUGGUUUACCAGUUCUUCAAGCAUAUGCCGACCGACCUGAGCCCAGCCCGCGAACGAUAUGAUCCACGACUUAGACAGCAACAUCCUCCCUCUCCGCCUCCAAAUCCCGAACAGCCAUCUGCAGUACCUCAACGCGAUAUUCCUGUGGGAUUGGGGAUACAACAGAGCGAGGACAAGGGUGAAUUGUACGAUGGGAAAAUCAAGCUCUAUGAGUUGGCCAAAUCGCUACCCACGGAUAAGCACCCAGAGAAUGCGCCUAGUGAUGCCGUGGUGUUCGCUGGAUCCAAUCUACACAGUAUCGCAGACAUGCUACCUUUAGCCUGUCGGAUGGCACGCGAGCAGCGGAAUCAUGUUCACUUGGUCGUGUUUGGCAAGGAAGAGGUUUCAGUCGAAGGCAUUAAACAGGUGAAUGGGAUUGCAGAAUCUGACUGUCCAAUCGUAUGGCAUGACAGUCGACCAGACUAUGCUGCCCAGUCCACGGAUGCCCGAUUGGCACGCGCUGUCAAAGGUGGCCUCGGAUUCAUUCAAACUUUCAUCGCCCCAGACGUAAUUAUUACACAGAAAAAAGAUUGGGAAGACUCAUUUUUCUGGGCCGGACUUGAGCGUCAUCUAUGGGAAGCCCCCACUCCCACUCCUCAUAUCGCUCUUCCAACCACUUCAAAUGAUAUCAUGUGGCUAGCGACCAUUGAUAGCACGGCUCUCAGAGUUUGGAAUGAUAUUCAUGUUGACAUGGUGGUUCAUGCAUCUCAAUCAGCCUCCCUUGCCAGGCUUAUCCGGUCGCUUGAUGCUGCUGAUUAUCUGGGGGCCGCUCCAAGAUUGACGAUAGAACUUCCGCCACGGGUAGAUGAGACAGGUCUCUUGGAACAUCUGAAAGGCUUAACCCAAUUGAAAAAGGAUCAGAUCAUCCUUCGGCGACGCAUUCAACCUCACUUCAUGGACGCUGUUGAAGCUUCUAUCCAAACCGUUGAGUCAUUCUAUCCCCUCAACCCAGGUGUAUCUCAUCUACUUUUGCUAUCCCCGGAGACUGAGCUGGCUCCAUCAUUCUACCACUAUCUAAAGUACAGCAUUUUGGCCCAUAAACAGCCAACCAGUACUUCGACAUCCAAGCUCAUUGGAAUCUCUCUUGAUCUUCCAUCAGAUAAUCCCUCAACAAACGAUGGCCCUCUUUCCUUGCCAUCAUUAGGAGCUGAAUCGGAAUCCAUUCCCUCGUUUCUCUGGCAGGCUCCAAAUAGCAAUGCCGCAUUGUAUUUCGGGGAUAAAUGGGCGGAGUUUCAUUCCUUCCUUUCGAGUCGCCUUGAUGCUUCGGAAUUCAAAGCAACCAUUCCGGUUCAGAAUAAGCUCAUUUCCACAAAGUACCCAGCUUUCAUGGAAUAUCUCCUUGAGAUGAUGCAGGCUAAAGGAUACUAUAUGCUUUAUCCCUCGCUUUCAAGCACUGGGGUGCCACGUCUGGUGAACGUUCACCAAGACUUGUCUCAAUCCCCAGAAGAGUUCAUGGAGGAUAGGAAGGAAGAAUUGUCUGGGGGAGAAGACGGCGAUGAUAUUGAAUUAGUAUCACUGGAAAAGGAGCCGAGCCAGAAAUCGACCAUUAUGACACUAUUUGACACCUUUCCACGAGGUUUUCUGGGUCUUGGCAGCUUGCCUCUACUCUCUUUUGAAGGAGAGCAGUUGACUGAUGAAAAUCUCAUACAAAAGACCGAGGACUACUUUCAACAAUUCCGAUCUCGAUACGGAGGUUGUUCUAGUAGUCAGGCGGCUUCUGAACAUUCCUCUGGGGAUCUAUUCUGCCUUGAUGAAUGA